UUCUUUAGUUCAUAAAAUGUCAUUACAUGUUAAUGUAUUUGUAUUUUUAAAUUUAUAUUUCCCCCCCAAAUUAGUGAGAAAAGUUGUAUUGUUUUACAUUUUUGCAAACAUUUUAAUGUCUGCUUAGUAGAAGACAGCUGGAGUCUCACAUCUGUCUCUGCAUUCAGUUCGUUGUGAUGUUUUGAUUCAAGCAUCUGAAGAAAACCCAGAUUCAUACAGGUAGUUAGUGUCAGAAUUGAGCUAAAUUGUAGGAUACCCAUCCAGUGUUGGAGACUUGCUUGGUGGUGAGGAAAAGACCCGCACAUUGGAACUGGGAGAAGACUCUUAUCUCUGAAUGUCAUCUAGGUCUUUGGGGACUUGGAAGCUGCUGAUGCAAUUGUAACCUCACAGAGAAAGAAACUGAGGCUCAAAGAGGUCAUGACUUCUCUGAGGUCGUACAUCCAGGACCCAUGGAGCUGGGACUAGUGCUCAAGCUUCUGGCUGGCCAUCCUAUGCACUUUCUCCUGCACCUGCUGACCUCCUGCAUUAUAAAGAGGGUGCAGGCCCCCUUGUGAGCAGCAGACCAGCCUGGUGGCUGGCAGCAGGACACCCGAGUCUGCAUGCUGAGGAAGAUGGGUGAGGCGGUGGCCAGAGUUGCGAGGAAGGUCAACGAAACGGUGGAGAGCGGCUCUGACACCCUGGAUCUGGCCGAGUGCAAGCUGGUUUCUUUCCCCAUCGGCAUCUACAAGGUCCUGCGGAAUGUCACCGACGAGAUCCACCUCAUCACUCUGGCCAACAACGAGCUUAAGUCCCUCACCAGCAAGUUCAUGACCACAUUCUGUCAGCUCCGAGAGCUGCGCCUGGAAGGGAACUUCCUGCACCGCCUCCCCAACGAGGUCAGUGCCCUGCAGCACCUCAAGGCCAUCGACCUGUCUCGGAACCAGUUCCACGACUUCCCCGAGCAGCUCACCACACUGCCUGCGCUGGAGACCAUCAACCUGGAGGAGAAUGAGAUCGUGGAUGUACCUGUGGAGAAGCUGGCCGCCAUGCCCGCCUUGCGCAGCAUCAACCUCCGCUUCAACCCACUGAACGCCGAGGUGCGCGUCAUCGCCCCACCACUCAUCAAAUUUGACAUGCUCAUGUCUCCAGAGGGCGCACGGCCCCCCCCACCUUAGGCCUCCAUCCACUUGCCCACCCAGCAAGGGACAGAGGCCACUUGGCCUGGCACCCUGAGGGGAGGGAGUCCGAAGGGCCCUUGGGAGGCCAAGCUUGUGGGGCUGGGGAUGGGUGGGCCGAACAGUGCGUGGUGGGAGGGGGUGCAGUGCUAAUAUGGUCCAGGAUAGAUAGCUUAGUAGUGGGUCCUGUAAUGCCCAGAGGAAGGAGGCAAGGUGGGGACUGGAGCUGGGACUCUGGGCAUUCAUAGCCUCUGUGCAAACUUGGGCAGAUCCCCACCCUCUCUGAGACUUAUAAUUUCUGGAAAGGGGUGGUGGCAGUGGGCUCCUUGGAGGCUUUUUGGGGAAAACAUGCCUCCAAGUUACCCUCAAAUACUCAGUACCUUCUGAGCUCACAGCUGAGCAUUGCUGAGCAUUUUCCAGGCCCUUGUGGGUUGAGGCCUUGCUUCUAGUGCUGAGAGCCAGUCGCUGCCCUCAGAAGAAUAGAGGACAACCUGCAUCUAUUUAUUGCUUCCUGAGAACCAACCUGCUGAGGCCCUUCUCAGUGCCCAUCCUCAGCCCUGUGGGUCCCUGGAUUGGUGGGAGCCUGAACCAGGAGUUGUGGGAAAGCUGUGGAGAGAGUGUGGACACUACAGCAGGGCUGACAAUGUUUACAUAGGAGCCCAAGGGCCAUCAGGCCAGGAAACUGGGGAGCAGAUCAAGUUGGCUCUGUCUUUCCUCAUAAUUAAGAAAUCUCUGGAGUGGGAAGCUCCCUCUCUCCCUCUGGAGUGACCAGCUGUGCCUGACAUCACCCCUUGAGCUGCAGGAGAAUGGCCAGAGAGGAACAAGGCCAUUUGCGCCUGUGCCUCCCUCAGCACAGUCUCCCUCUGGCUGCAGUCUGGCUGCCUUGUCAUUGGUUCAUCUGGAGGCAGAAGGCACUCUGGACCAUUGGAUUUGUAGCCAGCCAGCUCCCAGGCCACCACCCAAAGUCCUGAUAACCUUGUCAUUUCUAGGCUCUCAACCUGGAGUCAAGGGUCUGGCCAGGCAAUAGGGUGACCUACCAUCCAUGUUUGCUAGGGACAUGGGACUUUCAGUGCUAACACGGGGAUAGCACCAGCGAAUAGGGACAACUGGUGGCUCUACCAGGUGAGGGCCUGGGGCUCUUGUUUUCUGUGACAAUACCUGUGGUUUGGAAAACCCCUGACCUCUUGAUCCUACAGGUAUCUACCUCCCACCUUCUCAUCUGUGGAGCAAGCAGACCAAAGCCCACCUAGUCUGGACUUUUGUCUGAGUCUCUUGGAAAUACUGGAGUCCCCAGGACUUGGGGCAAACCAGGCCACCCAAAUCCUACAUCUGUGGACCAGUGGCCACUCUUCCACAGCCUGGGUUAAGCUGUUCAGAGCUUAGACCACCACUCAGAGCACUAAUCCUUUCUCAGAAUGCUCCCAUUUCCUUCCCCUUCCCCAGCCCUGAGGCCUCCUGGGUCUUGGCAAUCUACCGACAGGUUGGUAGAUUGUAGGCCUGUCACUGACCACUGGAAAACUCAGUGUCCCAAGAGAUACCCUGUACACUAUGCUCAUCUCCCAGGCCUGGUUGGUCAGGUUCUGGGAAGAGGGUUUUCAGGGUGAGGAGACCAGAUAAGAUCUCUAGGGCUCCUGAGUUCCGCUGGGGACAAGUGAGGGCUACAGUCUAGCCCAGCCUGGCCUGUCCCCAUUCACCCUGUGUCCUGGAGUGGGGUUUCUCCUUGUUGAAGAAAGGGUGCAUUUUCCUGAUAUGCAAAAAGGCAUUGCAUGGCCAGAGCCUUGCAACUCAGCAUGGUCUAUGGGCCAGCAGCAGCAGCAUCCGUGGGAGCUUGUUAGAAAUGCAGGACCCAGGCCCAAUCCCAGACCUCUGGAAUCAGAACCUGCUCCCCCAAAGAUCCCCAGGUGAUUCCUACAAGCACUUUACUGUUUGAGAAGCAAGGGCCUGGGGUGGCCCUGGGAGGGAAGGGUGGAGUUUCUUAGCUUUUCCUCAACAUCAAGUCUGUGCCCAUCCCCCUCCCUAAAGCAGCCCUUCACCCCCACCCCAGUCCUCUUAGAUCUUUCCCUAGUCUGUGUGGCACUCCCAUGAAGGGAGCGACCUAGAGACAUCAGGAGAUGAGGGUUGGGUUCAUCCCAAAUGCCAAGCUUCUGCUUCCCCAGAUCCUCAUUUCAAGCCCUUCACGGGGGUUGUUUCUGGAAGCUGUUUUCUACUCAGCUUGGAGAGGUUGCCUGGCUUCUCUGGGAGAGCUUGGGCCAGGUCAGAGCCCACAGUGUGAGCCCUUAGCUUCGGUCUGCAAUAAAGAAUGUGCUGGUUUCA